CAGGAAGAUGUUCAGUAUUAUAAAUAUAGUAUUAUUGUCUGGUAUAAUCCACUGUGUUUCCAGUAAACAACCCAACAUUCUUCUGGUAGUAGCUGAUGAUUAUGGUUUUCAUGAUAUUGGUUACCAUAAUUCAGAGAUUAAAACACCAACAUUAAAUAGAUUGGCAGGAGAGGGGAUUAAACUAGAGAAUUACUAUGUUCAACCGAUCUGUACCCCAACUAGAAGUCAAUUAUUAUCAGGGCGAUAUCAGAUACACACAGGUUUACAGCAUAGUAUAAUAUGGUGGUCUCAACCAAAUGGUCUACCAUUGGACAGCCCAACUAUUGCUGAUAAACUAAAAGAAGUAGGUUAUUCAACCCAUGCUGUAGGUAAAUGGCAUCUUGGAUUUUAUAAAAAGGAAUAUUUACCAACAAGUAGAGGUUUUGAUUCAUACUUUGGUUACCUCGGUGGUAGUGAGCAGUACUAUUUGCAUACUUUAUGCGACAACCACCAAUAUUCGAAUUCAACUCUACCCAAGUACUGUGGUUACGACUUGCGAGAUAAUCUGACGGUAACCAAUCAAACUGGUCGAUAUUCAACACAUUUAUUUACAGAACGAGCCGUUGAUAUAGUUAAACAACAUGACCAGAAUAAGCCAUUGUUCCUGUAUUUACCAUACCAAGCUGUUCACGCUCCUCUUCAAGUUCCUGAUAGUUAUAUAAAACAAUAUGAUUUUAUUCAAGAUAAAAAUAGACGAAUAUACGCUGGUAUGGUAACUUGUAUGGAUGAAGGUGUAAAGAAUGUUACUGAUGCUUUUAUGGAAGCCGGUUUAUGGAAUAAUACAGUAAUGAUUUUCACAACGGAUAAUGGAGGUCAAGUACAUGCAGGUGGUAAUAACUGGCCAUUACGGGGAUGGAAAGGAUCAUUGUGGGAUGGUGGAAUGCAUGGAGUAGGGUUUGUACAUGGUCAAGCAUUAAAAAAUAAAGGAUCUGUGAAUGAUGCGUUGAUCCAUGUUUCUGAUUGGUAUCCUACUUUAGUGAAAUUAGGGGGAGGUAAUCUAAAUGGUACACUACCUUUAGAUGGCUUUGAUCAAUGGGCAACUAUCAGUGAAGAUGCCCCUGCAGUAAGAAAAGAACUGUUACACAACAUUGAUCCGAUGACGACGCUGGCUGGUAACAGAAUGUAUCCUGGCACGUUUGAUAAUAGAAUUAGAGCUGCUCUUAGAGUUGGUGACUGGAAAAUACUCACCGGUAAUCCAGGUGAUAGCCACUGGGUUCCACCACCACAUCUACAAGUAGACAAGAACCUGACAUUACCAAGUACCAACAGUCAAGAUCAGAAUCUUUGGUUAUUUAAUAUUAAAGAUGAUCCAAAUGAAAGAAGAGAAUUAUCAGCUCUAUAUCCUGAUAUAGUUAAAUCCAUGUUGGAUAGACUGGAUUAUUACAGUAAUACCGCCGUUCCUGUUCGUUAUCCUGAUCCUGACCCUCAAGCUAAUCCAGACUUACACGGCGGUGUCUGGGGUCCUUGGGAAUAAAGAACUUUCGAAACAAAUCUGUCACUU